CGGGAUUCAGAGGCGGGGCUGCCCGUUCAGCAUGGCGGCGCCCAUGGAAGUGGCGGUGUGUACGGACUCCGCGGCUCAGCUCUGGAGCUGCGUGGUGUGGGAGCUUCAUUCGGGAGCCAACCUGCUCACCUACCGCGGCGGACAGGCGGGGCCGCGGGGCCUGGCGCUGCUCAAUGGCGAAUACCUGCUGGCGGCGCAGCAAGGCAAGAACUACAUCUGCGCCUGGGAGCUGCAGCGCAAGGACCAGCUCCAACAGAAAAUCAUGUGUCCUGGGCCAGUCACUUGUCUGACCACAGCAUCCAACGGCCUGUAUGUCCUAGCAGGAAUUGCCGAGAGCAUCUACCUGUGGGAGGUCUCCACUGGGAACCUCCUGGUCAUCCUCACCCGUCACUACCAGGACGUGUCGUGCUUGAAGUUCACGGGUGACAACAGCCACUUUGUCUCAGGGGGCAAGGACUGCCUGGUGCUGGUCUGGAACCUCUGCAGUGUGCUGCAGGCAGACCCGUCCAGGAUCCUCGCCCCGAGGCAUGUCUGGUCCCAGCAUACACUCCCCAUCACAGAUGUGCACUGCGGCUUCGGGGGCCCCAUGGCCCGGGUGGCCACCGCUUCGCUGGAUCAGACCAUGAAGCUCUGGGCCAUCUCCUCGGGAGAUCUGCUUCUGUCUGUCGUGUUUGAUGUGGGCGUCACGUCUGUGACCAUGGACCUGGCUGAGCACCAUGUGUUCUGUGGAGGCAGCGAUGGCUCCAUCUUCCAGGUGGACCUGUGCAGCUGGCCUGGACAGAGAGAACACAGCUUCCGGCCUGAACAGAGCGCAGGGAAGGUCUUCAGGGGGCACAGGAACCAAGUGACGUGUCUGUCAGUGUCCACGGACGGCAGUGUUCUCCUCUCUGGUUCCCACGAUGAGUCAGUGCGGCUGUGGGAUGUGAAGAGCAAGCAGAGCCUGCGCACAGUCACCCUCAAAGGCCCAGUGACGAAUGCAGCCAUCAUCCUGGCCCCACCCAGCAUGCUGAACCCUGAAUUCAAGCCCAGCUCACCCCUGCCCCUCUUCAACAAGCACCUGCUGGGUGCUGAGCAUGGAGAUGAGGCCCAGGGUGGGGGCCUGCGCCUGCAGCUAGGGCUCCACCUGCAGGGCACCGAGCAGACCUACCUGGAGCGUCUGGAGCAGCUGCAGGCAGCGCUAUCCGGCUACGUGGAGAAGAACAUGCUAGGCAAUCAGAUGCUGCCAGUGCGCGUGUUGGAGCUGGAGGAGGAGGUGCGCAACCUGCGCAAAAUCAACCGGGACCUCUUCGACUUUUCCACGCGCAUGAUCACCCGGCCCUCUAAGUGACACGAGCUGCGCGGCUGUCACCAGAACACUUGCCAUUGGCUCUGGUGCUUUAAAAACAAAGGAUGGACAAAGAAA